UGUUAGCACCUUUAUUAUCGACAUUUUGGCGAUGUAUAUCCGAGAAUUCCCUAUGAAAUGAAGACUUAAAAACUAGCAAAACAGAGCAGCGAAUUUAACAGAUGUUUUUAUUCGGGAUAAUGUGUAUCCAAGUCCAAGGUGUUUCGGGGGUCAACAAAUUGCAUAAUACUUUCAUCUGAACAUCUUCAUCGUUUUUAAAAAAAACUAUCCGAAAUAAACAGCCCAACACUGAAGUGUCAAUUUAUGACUUAGCAACGGCUAUGUGAGAAUGUGUCGAUCUUGACAAUAUUCAGGCAAGAAAAUAAAAAUGUUCGGGAAAAGUAUUUCCAUUGUUCGAGUGGUCACUUGACUAUCUUGUCAAUAUAAUAUAUACUCUUUAUCAACAGAGCUGUUUUACGACAGUCGCGUACCGUAUUCCAAGCGUCCGGUGUCGUACAUUUUGCAGAAUCACCAUGGCGUCUGUACUGAAAGAGACCGCGGGGCUAUAUGAAACAUUGAAAACGGAAUGGAACAAGAAAAAUCCAAAUCUGAACAAAUGUGGAGACAUUUUGAGCAAGCUCAAGAUCUCGUUAUUGGAGUUAAACUUCUUACCAACGACUGGAACUAAGCUCACCAAACAGCAGCUUAUUUUAGCUCGUGAUGUUCUGGAGAUCGGGGCUCUGUGGGCUAUCCUAAAGAAGGACAUCCCUUCCUUUGAGAGAUACAUGGCCCAGCUCAAAUGUUACUACUUUGAUUACAAGGAUGAGUUGCCAGAGUCGGCCUACAUGCACCAGCUACUAGGCCUGAACCUCCUCUUUCUGCUGUCCCAGAACCGCGUGUCAGAGUUCCACACAGAGCUGGAGAGGCUGACUGCUAAAGACAUCCAGACCAACGUCUACAUCCGCCACCCUGUCUCCUUAGAGCAGUACCUGAUGGAGGGAAGUUACAACAAGGUGUUUCUGGCCAAAGGUAACAUCCCUGCUGAGAGCUACACCUUCUUCAUAGACAUUCUGCUAGACACCAUCCGCGAUGAGAUUGCUGGGUGCAUAGAGAAGGCUUAUAAACAGAUUCAGUUCAACGAAGCUACCAGAGUCCUUUUCUUCUCCUCCCCAAACAACAUGACAGAGUAUGCCAACAAGAGGGGCUGGACCCAGAGCCCAGAUGGCUACUACUCGUUCAGUAGCCAACAGCAGAGGACAGAGGAAGUCAACAUCCCCUCCACCGAGCUGGCUACGCAGGUCAUCGAAUAUGCACGUCAGCUGGAGAUGAUUGUGUAGAGAGAGCGCCGUACUACAGAAGCUAGAUAUAUUCAUGACACAGACACAUGCAAACAUACAGUCCUCAAAUGCUGACAGAUUGUCAGACUGGUAGAUUUUCCAACACUUUGUCAUUCUGUACCACUCAACCUGCUUCUCACAGCACCGAUAAGAGACGAGGCAAUUUAAAAAAAAAAUUUUACAUCCUAGUCUGACGGUGUGUUUUACGCAUCGCAGUAAAAUGUACUGAUAUAAAGUCAUCACUUCACAACUAAGGUCAGUCUGUUCAGUGGCUCCUGACUGCUUUGUCCACCUUUUUUAGGAGUUCCCCCGAGUUUAAAGAUUAACGUGUUGGCACAUUCUAAUGUCCAAGUUUCUAUUUACCCUGACUGCUUUGAGGAAUGUUUUGGAGAGUUUAUGUCUAGGGAAUAGGGUGUAAUUUGCCAUUUUCCUCUCAGUCCAUUUACUAAUUCAUAGUGUGCUGUAGCACAGUGGCCAAUACAGUGGUGGUCUUCCAUAUGUCUCUAAAUGGUUGACGUCCUGCAUUAUUACACCUGCUUAUUUGGCUUCUCCUUUGUCUUCUGAGGUAUCAUCUUCAAACUCUAGGGGUUUCAAUGCCCUGGCCUCGUCUCCUGGCAACUGACAAAGAGAAUUGCUGUAAAAGUAUUUGUUUAAUGUCUUGCUUCACCUCCUCAAUGGUUUGUAAUCUAAUUGAUCUGGAAAAUACAAAUGUUUGUUUCUGAAAGAUUAUCAACAUUUUUGACAUUUUUUAAAAUAAUAAAAUCUUUUUGUUCCUGA